AUGACGAGCAAAGCCACAGCUUCUGUGGUCCGGGAGAGUGACUCGAAUGAUUCAAGGCUGCGGAAGGGGAAUGCGGCGAGUGAACCACUUGUCCUAGUGGAGGACAAAGCAGCGAAUGUUUCCUCGACAACUACAGGGGAUGGAGAUAACCCCCCUUCGCCUUCAGAUGCUGAAGAUACGAAGUUCCUAAAAGGCCACCCGGUCAUUGAAACAGGCCUCGAUGUCUCAAAGUACUUGAUCUCAACAAGAGAUGACGGGGACGCAGCAUUUACAUUUCGUUGUUUUGUCCUAGGCACGGCUUUUACUGCUCUUUCCAGUGUUAUCACUAUGCUCUAUACUUUCAAGCCAGUCCAGAUGCAAGUAUCGGCCACUUUCUUGCAGCUGAUGAUUUUCAUGUUUGGAGAAGCCUGGGCCCGGUUGACACCUCGGCCCGACAAGCUCAAUGUGGGUUGGCUGCAGAGUACUCUUCGCUUCCUCAACUUCGGACAGCCCUUUGGCAUCAAGGAGCAUGUUGUAGCGUCCCUCAUCGCCUCUUCUGGUAACAAUGGACUUUCUGGAGUUGAAGUCUACGCCAUCGAGCGAUUGUUCUACGAUCGGAGCAUCUCUGCCUCGACUGCAGUUCUAGCAACUUUCUCAAUCUCCCUCUGUGGAUUCGUUUUGGCUGGUGUUCUGCGUCCAUUGAUUGUCUAUCCGGCUGAAAUGGUCUACUGGUCAACUUUGCCUCAGGUGGUCCUCUUCCAGAAUCUGCAUUUCGAUCGGAUCGCCAAUCGCGCUCGCCUCAUCAAAUUCAGCUGGGCUCUGGGCUUUGCCUUGGUCUGGGAGAUCUUCCCAUCUUACAUGGUGACUUGGUUUGGAGGAUUAUCGAUCUUCUGUCUUGCGUCGCUGAAGGCCCCGGUACCUACCCGGUCUAUAUUUACGAAGGUGUUUGGUGGUGCCUCAUCCAAUGAGGGAAUGGGUCUGUUGAACUUCACCCUGGAUUGGCAGUAUAUCCAGAGUACGUACUUGUCUUUGCCCUUCAAGCAACAAGUCAAUACCUGGAUCGGAUACUUCAUUUGGUAUCCAGUCAUGCUGGGGCUUUGGUAUGGCAAUGCAUGGGGUGCAAAGAGCUUCCCGUUCAUGUCGACGUCUCUCUUCUCAUCGAAUGGGACGAGAUUUUCCACGACAUCGAUUCUGACUGAUGAUAAUGUUGUUGAUCAAGACAAGCUUCAAAGUGUGGGACUGCCAUACUUGACUUCAAGUACGGUAUGGGGCUAUUUCACGCAGAAUGUGGCAAUUGGGGCACUUAUCACGCACGUUCUCAUAUUCUACGGCAAGGAUAUGAUCCUCGCAUGGAAACAGGCACGAACCAGGACCCAGCCAGAUCCCCACUACCAGAGAAUGCUAAAGUAUAAGGAAGUGCCUAUGUGGUGGUAUUUUGCCCUUUUCGGUUUGACCUUCAUUGCCGGCAUUGUUGUGACUGCCAAGGGCGAAACCACUCUGCCAGUGUGGGGCUACAUUAUCUCUCUCCUCCUCGGUGGAUUCAUCGCACCGUUUUCAUGCAUCUUGUACGGGCUAUUCGGAACCGGAGUGGGAACUAACCAGAUCUCCAAGAUGGUGGCCGGUGCUGUUCACCCAGGCCGACCUUUGGCGAACCUUUACUUCGCCAGUUGGUCGCAUCAGGUCAUCCUUCUCGCUGUCAAUCUUGCGAAUUGGCUCAAGGUUGGACAGUACACCAAAAUCCCACACCGUGUCAUGUUCGCCACUCAGAUCUAUGGUACUCUUUUGGGUGCCGCUCUGAACUAUGUCGUGAUGACAAUCAUUGUCACCAACGAGAGAGAGGUCCUUCUCGACCCCGUCGGAACAAACGUCUGGAGUGGCUCCACUCUGCAGAGUAUGAACACUCAGGCAAUCACAUGGGCCCUGGCCAAAGACAUGUACAGCUUGCAAGGCCGCUACUUUAUCGUUCCUAUGGGAAUCUUGAUCGGGCUUGUACUCCCCGUCAUUCAUUGGGGCGUGAACCGGUUCUGUCCACGCCUUCGAAAAUGGCCCAUCAAUACACCCAUGAUCGCGGUCUAUACUGGCACUAACUACUACGGAAGUACAUCGUGGGUGUGGUCCUCUAUCGCUGUUGGUGUUUUCUCGCAAUUCUGGCUCCGACGUCGCAUGCCGCAUAUCUACAACAAGUAUAACUACCUCAUCGGCGCGGCGCUGGAUGGAGGAUCUCAGAUUAUCAUUUUCAUUCUCUCGUUCGCGGUUAUGGGGGCCAGUGGGAAGGAGCACCCGUUCCCUACAUGGUGGGGGAAUCCUUCUGGGAACCCUGAUCACUGCAUGUCUUCCUAG